UACUUGGCAGCUUGACUUUGGUGAGAGUUGACAGAUAAAGAUGCCCGGCAAUAUAGGGAUAGUUACAAGUUAAGAAAUAUGUAUCAUAUGUUUAUAUCUCUACACUUUCUUUCAUGGACCCCCGUUGUCAUAAUCUUCUUUCUCCGGCUCUCGUGGCAAUAGAGAAGCCAUGAAAAGGAGAAGCUGUCUUUCGAAAAGCGAUGGUUAUCGUCCUCGAUGUACUUUGGGAUAGCCGGUAUUGACUAGGGUCCAUAUGGUGUACCUGAAACUGUAAAAAAAACACAACCUAAGGUUCUUCUUCCCUAUUUCUAAGGUUCUUCAGCUACCAUGUCUAUAUUCCAUUUGAUGAUGUUCAUCUGGAUCCUUUUGUCAAUAAGCUACCUUGCCUUUCUUGCAUCUGCUUCAUUGUGCACACAGUUUGUUCAACAAACGACAAGACGAUUCGAGCAGAAAACGGAUCGGUUCUGGGAGUUUGAUGAGCAAUCCAACACCUGGGUGGAAGUUAAACUUCCUUUUGACCUUGUAUCUUGUGUUAAUGAUAAUUGUACUAAAGUGGGUUUGAUUGAUCAAACAAAAAGGACCAAAGGAGAUAACUCGGGACACGAAAACGAUGUUUCUAACCAACAGAACAACAAGAGGGAUGGUAAUAUUGGAAGAUCAGAUGAAAAGUCUUACACAGUUUUUCCUGUAAGAAAAAGAAUCUCCUUGACUAAAAUGUCUGAGACAUCCAUUUGGGUGACCGGCGAAAGCGGGUCUAUCUACGAGAGGUUUUGGAACGGAGUGCAGUGGGUUAUAGCACCACAUGAUUUGCAUUUAUCGGCGGGUUAUGCGGUCUCGGUCUUGAUAGUCAAUCAGACAAUUCUUGGUAUCUCCGAGGAAGGAAACCUAUACCAGAUGCAACUGGGUGACAACUUGCAGCCAAUCUGGGUAGAGUUCAAACCUGCAUUCGAUCAAAGUACAAAUAAAAAUGUAGACCGGAGCUCAGUGGUUCAGAUAAAGUCCGGUACUGUUUCGUUCGAUGGGAUGAGAGUUUAUUUCUGCACAAAGAAUGGCUUGCUGCUCGAACUCAGUGAGGUUGAGCCACCAAGGUGGGACAAUCAUGGCCGACCACCGGGAGCAGAUGUUGCAGCAAUUGCUGACGCGGGAAGAAUUAGAACAGAAGUAGUAUAUACAAUAAGUUCUGCAGGUGACCUUUAUGAAUAUGAUAAGAGCUCGCGGCCAUCGUGGAAGAAGCAUCUACAGAGUGAAGAAACGACAAAAGAGGGUUUUCUAGUACCAUUAAUGGGGAGCUCGAUUCAUGGCUUGAUCGAUCACUCUGUAUCCUUGUUUCUCCUAACAAAGGGAGGUAAAUUGGUAGAGAGACGACUGCAUCAAAGGAAAUGGAAAUGGAUAAAUCAUGGAAGUCCAGAAGAUCAACACCUGACAUCUAUUACUCCCCAGCUGGAAGAUGAACCCAAUGAAAGAUUCGUCUCGUUAUUUCUCACUACGUCCACCGAUCAGUUUUUGAGUAUAGAAUACCAAACCAUUCAGGUACAGCUCAAGAAAACCAAAUUUCAGUAGCAUGGGUGAAUCAUAUGCAUCCACCAAAUACAAAAGCUGCAAGAGGUAUUGCAGGACUAAAAUAUCACUUGGAGGACCCUAUUUGCACUAGAUGAUGGUAGACUUGCGGAGUUACAUAUACCUGGCCUAGGUGGUGAAAAUUCAGGGCCAACGCCUCAAUUUAAUAUGCGAAAAAAAGUAUCCUCUAAGCAUGUCUGGUCAAUAUUAGAUGCCCCGGAGACAGAAGGAUGGAAUGCGGAGUAUUGUACAGAAGAACGCGGACCUUUGAAUUGCAUUGCAGGUAUAAAAGAUGAAACAAAUGAUGCAGGAAAUACAAGAUCGCUGACAAGGAGAAAAAAGGUAAUAAAGCACAAGAAGAUUACCUAUAUCCAGACACAUCCAGAGUAGAUUAGUGAAACAUCCGAAGAAUACAGUUUCCCAGAUAACUGGACCAACGCUAAUUUCCGACUGAGGAUGAUGCAAGCAGGUGAAUCGUUUUUUAUCAUCACGGAUGGGGGUUUGACCUUAGAGUAUCUCUACGCUGAAAGUGUAUGGCUCUGGUUAAGACACGAUCAUUUGACGCCUAUGAGAGGUUCCCUAGGAAACUACAAUGGAAGUUUAUUUCUUGUUGACAUGUAUGGGACCUUGCUUAUCAGAGAAAGGAGCAGCAAUGAGCUAGCGUGGAUAAACUGCACUGCAAUGAGGAAAGGAACGCAAGUUAUCGCAGGCCCUCCUUGGGAUGGUAUGCCGGGUAAAAUGAAAGUCACAGCAGAAGAUGCACUCUUCUUUGUGAGCAAAAUUGGAAGGCUAAUGAAGUUCACGGUUGCCCUCAGAAAGUUCGAAUGGAGAGAUUGCGGGAACCCUCCAGAAACCAAACUUGCAUGCAUAGUAGACCAAGAAAUGUUUAGGCAUAAUAUAGUGUUUGUUGUUGGAAGAAAUGGCCGUUUGUACCAGUAUAACAAGGUGACCGAGUUGUGGCAUGAGCAUCACCAAUCUCAGCAUUUGGUUCUAUCCAGGUUGCCCGGAACUGCCAUGAGGCCUUUGAUGUUUGCACUAACAGGUUCACUUUUCAUGCUUUCAGAAGACGGACGACUGGUUGAAUAUCACUGGAAUACAUUGGAUGGUUGGAACUGGGUGGAACAUGGCACUCCAUGCAAAGAUGUUACCUUGGUUGCUCCUCCCGGUCCAUGCUUCAAAGGCGAUCAAUUGUUUACGAUAGGUUCAGACGGAAACGUAUACCUAAGGUGCAAGGACCAAUCAACAUGGAGAUGGAAAAACUGUGGUUUCCCACAUGACAGAGACAAGAUAAUGAAAAUCAAACAGAAUGGGGGAAGUUUGUUCGGGUAACGAACACUGAUCCAGACGAAAAUUGUGACCCAAAGGUUGCUCCUACAAGACCAAUUCCAUUUUCUGAAGAUUCAGCUAUAUUCGAGCUAAGAGAUGGCAGAUUAGCUGAAAUUCAGGAAGUUGAGGACAAUCAAUGGAAAUGGAUACGGAUCAUUGGCACUCCAACAAGUCCAUGCAGUGCGAGUUAUUGGAUUGCUUUGGCAUCAUGAACAAUUACCUAAUAGUACCUGAGAAAAGUUCUUUUUUUUUACUCUUACAAUUACUACAGAAAACUUUAGAAUUUAGAUGUAAAUUUGAAUGUAUAUUAAACAAACUACAGAAUUUUACACAUACCUAAA